GGGCGAGGUUAUUGCUGUGGAUGCAUAUAAAGUGACUGUGCGCCAGUCACUACACACCGUACACCGUUCCCAUCAGAAACGCCAGUCGUCGCUCAACAUGGCGGAAAAGUUGGACAAGCUCAGGAAAAUAAUGUGGAAAUAUGUUCCUGGGAAUUCAUUGUUCACUCGACAUAAGAAUAUUCCGAAGAAGCUGCAAAUCCAGCUGAUUGGUUUUAUCGGCCACGGGAAAUCUUCUCUCAUCAACUCGUGUCUGUGCGCCUGGAAGAAUGAGGAGUUUAGGGACCGAGCAGGGGCCAGCAGUGGGUUACAGACUGUUACCACCAGACGAGAUGUGUACACAAUGACAGGAAGCAUCUCAAUGGUGGACAGCGCUGGGGCACCCCUCAUGGAUAGAAAAGCAGUGUCUGAAAUUAAACUGCAAACAGGUGGGUACCGUAAGCCUGGAGAGGAGGUGAUCUGGGACAAGGGAUUUUGGUCUUUUGUGAAGGAUUGCUUUGUGUGGAGUGACGCAGAUGUAUUGCUUGUGCCAGUCAUUGUAUUUAAAGCAUCUUGUGGCUUAGCCCCGGCUGUCAUGACAGACCUGAUCACAGAGCUGGACAACGCCUCAGGCAUUGCUCCACUGGUGGUGAUAACAUUUGCCGAUGAGUACAAAGGGGACAUUCAGCAAUUGAAGGAGGAUUUUGCUACUCUCCACUGUCCCCAUGUUUUCAUUGUGACCUGUUACAACAAAGAGAACAAAGAGGACAGAGACGAUGCCCUGGACAAGAUCCUCCUCGAUUUCUUAGUGGCCUGUACAGACGUGGCAGAGAAGACACUGAGAUUCAAGUGCAGUAUAAAAUAACUUUAUUUCGUCAAAAAAAGUUUGAAAAUGCACUUGUGAAGAAUUAAUUCUGAUUUUAAACAUGCUUAAUAAAAACAAUUAAAUCUGA